UCUGACGUCAGAGCGCGCCACCCGCCGGUGGGUCACGCCGCCGCCAUGGAGCCCGGACCGUGGGGCGUGUGCGAGGAGACGGCCAUCCUGCACGGCGGGUUCCUGCUGGCCGCCCGGCUGACCCAGCCGCGGCCGCUGCGGGAGCUGCGCAAAACCGACUGGCCACGCGUGGGACCCCCCAUCACCGACGCCCUGGGGGAGAUCGGGGCCCGCUGCCCUUCGCCGCUGCAGCACAGCCUUUGGAAGAAGGAGGCCGUGGCCAUCGUCUGGGCUAAAGUCCUGCUGCCGGGCCCGCCGGCCGCCUCGCUGGACCGGGGAUGGAAGGAGGACGACUUCUUCUCCGUGGGCAGGAUGAUCCCCGACGUUAAUCACACCGUCCUCUUCGAGCUGGUCAAGGCUCUCGGCGCGCCCCGGCUCUUCGUGGAGCUGCUGCUGGCGCUGCCUCGGGAUUUGCGGCGGAGCCAGCUGGAGCGCUUGGUGGAGUACGUCGCCAGCGAGACGUCCCCGUCGGACAUCAGGUUCUUCUUGGACGUGUGGUGGGAGGUGAUGAAACACAAGGAGGGACGGGAGGACGCAACGGUCUCUGCGUUCAGCGCUCUCAUCUGUCAGCGUGGGUGUGAGUCCACUCUGGAUGACGGUCUCCAGCCCCCAAAGAGGUUCAAGGGUGACCCUGGCUCUCUGAACGGCUCCCCCGCUGCCACCAGCCUGCUCAUGGUCCUGAUAGAGGGCUUAAAGCAAACCUACAGGAGCAUCGCCCUGCCCCGCAUGAGGUGCUAUGCCUUGGCCAACCUGGUGGAGCUGCUGUCCGUGUUCACCGAGCUAGAGCCAGCGGGCAGCCCCCUCCCUGUCGCAGAAUACCUGGACAAGGUCGGCUCUGUGGUCAGCCUCUGGACCAGCGACACCGAAAGCCAGUUCCACCACAGGGGGCUGGACGAGAAGGUGAAGGAAGCAGAGAGAAGCAUGAGGCUCUUGUCCGUGGCCAAGCUCUCUCGUGAGGAGCUCUUUGUUGGCUUGGACUUUCUCGGCAGCUUGUUGCGUGCCUGGGGAGAAGAGCUGCAAGGCACCCUGAACGGCUCUGAGGAGCUGUGCUAUGAGAGCUACCGGCUCCUGGACACUCUUACCACCUUUGGGAAGAACCUGGAUUGCUUCUCAGAGACUAGAGACCUGGGUGAAGAUGAGACACGCGUCGUGUUAGAGCUGACACAGAUCACCAAGGACUUUCUCAAGGAGAUCAGUGCCAGCCUGAAGAGCAAGGAUUUGGACGCCAGCCUUAUGUCUUCAGUUGCCAUGACAAUCAUUGAGCAAAAGCUGGACCAGCACGUGGAGAUGUGCUCUGUUUUUGCAUCUGAAAAGACCUGGGCCUUUUCGAAGGACUGGGUUGACUGUCUUGUGAAAAACAAAGCUCUCUUCCAAAAACCAGAGCUAGUUUUGAAAUUACUGGAGACGCUGGUGAACUUUGCCAUGUUCCGCCAAGACAAGGAGGCCCGAGAGCUGCAGAUGCAAGUGACCAAAGCCAUCGUGGAGUGUUACACUGAGCUUUCAUUAACCGACAAAAACAAAGUGAUCUCGGACGUCCUGGCGUCCUGGGGCGGACCAGGUCUGUCCCUGAACUUGCAAGUUGUCGUGGAGGGGUUCCAGGAGGAUCUGAACGUGACUUUCAACCAGAUCACAAAGAGUGUAUCUGAUGAAGGCCUGGCCAGGGCUGUGGCUUCUGUGGCCAGGCUCACACUGCUGUACCCCGAGGCCACAGUGAAGCAGGUUUGUAAUCUUGCCGUAGUCAACCUAGGAGCACACCAGUUCCUCGCGCAAAUCCUCUGCUCCUUCCCAGCGCUGAGCUUCCUGGAGACCCACGAUGAUCCAGGCAGGCCACGCAGCCUGGUGGUGAGGUGUCUGGAGGAGGCAGUAUGGGGGAGGCUUUCCACUGCGAGGGAAGAGGAGCAGUUCCUUGAGUUCCUGGCCUUUCUCAUGCAGCCAAGUUCAGGCGCCCCGCUUGUGUCACCUGCAGAGGUGACCAAAGCCUUCGUCCUUCCCUAUUUGAAGUCAGACUCUGCUGAAAUUGACCUGAGCCUGCAGAUCCUCAGUAAGGUUUUGGGGAUACAGUCCUGUCCAGAAGAGCACUGGAUCAAGUCCUGUCACCCGUUCCCGCUUCUCCUCAGCCUCUGCAAGCUUCUAGAUGGUUACACAAAGUACUGGCAUCAGCCUAGGGACCAGCUCUUCCCUUCACUGGAGACCAAAGACCUGAUACUGAACAUCCUCUGCCAGCUCUGUGAGGUGGUAAGCCCAGAAACUGCCCCCUCCCCUGAGCUGUGGGUCCAGUCGCUGGCUUGGCUUCACAGGAAGGUGGCAUCACUGGACUGGACCGUCGGUCUCCGGCUGAAGAAGCUUUACGGAGACCACUUCAAGAACGAGGUCCCGGCAACGCUGUUCGAGAUCUGCACGCUUCCUGAGGACGAGUGGACGUCCCGGCCUUUGCCGGCUUAUGGACCGGGCAGCGGGCUCCUGGCAUGGAUGGAGUGCUGCUGCGUGUCCACGGCGCUCAGGGAUACGAUGCUGACGCUCCUCACGGUCAACGUGGACAACCCCGAAGAAGUGAACCUUUUCAGCAAAGGCUUCCUGGUGGCCCUCAUUCAGGUCCUCCCUUGGUGCAGCCACAGCGAAUGGAAGAGGCUCGCGCACGUGGUCGAAAACCUGCUGCAGAGGCAAGUCUUGCACGUGCCGUACACGCUGGAGUACGUGCAGUACAUGCCCUUGCUCAACCUCCGGCCGUUUGCCUGCUACCUCCAGUUCUCCGUGCUCCUCCUACGGGGCUUCCAGCUCCUCUGCAGCUCCAGCUGUUCCACCUGGCUGCCGGCAGAGGCUUGGCACCACGUCGUCCAGCUGUACUGCGGCAGCCUGACGGACCUGCUGGGCUCCGUCAAGAGCACCGCGGGGCCCCCCUCGCACCCCGCCGAGGACGGGACCUCCACGCAGGAGGUGUCCUUCAUCUGCAUCCAGAUGUUCUGCCACCUGCUGCACGUCGCUGCCAUGCUGCCGGAGAAGGGAUGCGGCGAGGCGCUGGUGGUGGUGGCGUUGGAGAUCCUCUCGCAGUACGAGACGUUCAGCGGCGCCGACACGUCCCCCAGCAACACGCUGCGGAGAGCCAACGAGAGGCACUUCCUAGAGUCCAUCACGGACAACGUCGGUGACGAGGCGCUGCGUGGCACCCUCCUGCAGAAGCUCAGCAAGCUGGGAGCCUGCUCGGCCAGGGAGCCAGCUUGAGAAGCUGGAGAGGGCGACAGAGGAGAGCGCUGACCCUGCCUCAGGGGACCCCUUACAUGGAAAGUUGAAAGAUCUGUAAUAAACCCUAUCUAUUUUUCUCUUCUGAACUUA